CUUACGUUCGGCUGUCGCUUUGUGUACUGUCUCAAAAUUCCAAAAAACCCUUCAAAAAAAGCAAAAACAUGUCCCGCUUCCUAUCCACCUAUUCCUCGGACUUCAUCCCACCGGAGUGCGCAGAGGACGACGCUCCGGAAGUCAGCUUGCCACAGAAACGAUGCGUACAGUGCCCCGAUCCAUGCAGCUCGAAGCGUCACUCCUGCGCCAGCAGUAACUCGUGUGUUCGAUCGAUCCAGCAGAUCGAUUACACCAUCGUUCCUCAAAUCCGGAACUGCCACUGCACCUGUCAGUGCUGUUUGUCCAAGAAACCGGAAAGAACGAAAGAAUUGUGCCAACCGGCCCCUGUACCGUCGUGUCCUCCUCCGACACCCCGGCCGGUGACCUGUCCGAACCCCUGCUGUACCAGAGCUCCGUCCGCAGAUCCAUGCUGCCAACUGCACAAGAUCCGGAUGGCACAUGCCAUCGAGCAGGAUCCCGAGUGUUUCAAGACGGUUUGCUGCUGCAAGCCGAAAGCCUGCCUAGUAUGCAGGACCCCGAAGGAGGAUUGCAACUGCUGUCGGGUAAGAAACGAGGAUCCCCAAAUAAGGCAUUCCAAAAGUCAUACCUCGUUUCUAGAGAAAGUAAGAAGGGGUGGAUGUCAGGACGAGAGCGGUUCAUGUUCGCGAAAUCCUAGCAAGCUGCGGUUUGACGUUGAAUUCAGCAGUAAGCAAAAUUCGUCGUAAUUGGACAGGGAAUUUUGAAGCCAUCCAAUCCGAAUGUAUACCAAAAAGCUCAACAAAAAUGAUUUGUGCAAUUCGACCUAUAUGAAAUCAUAUCUGGGGUACAAUCCGUGCUACAGGGGACCAGUUUGUGUGAUGAAACCACCCGUUCGGGAAUCUCGUCGACGGUAUCAUCAGCAGAUGGAGACGACGUUCUCCACGGUGCAUAAGGUGUUCGUCAAUACAACCUGUCCACGAGGACCACCCGUAUACCCCGGUACGGAAUACGGCGGAGGCAUUAGUAAUGCAGGGAGGGCCAUCACCGAGUGCUACGAAAUUCCCUGCUGUCAGCCUUGCGGUACGUAUUGCUGUUGACCG